AUGGCUCUCUUUUCUCUUGCCUUGGUGGCCGUUCUCGGACAAGUCACUGCACUUAGCCCUCGCAUGAGUUCAUUGUCGUCCGUUAGCGACACGGCAUGGCAAUCUCUCAACUCGAGCGUCGGUGGCCGUCUGUAUUAUGGCGAGCCUUUGCUGGCACCGUGCUAUACCCGAUACAAUGGCCAUUUCCAGAGACCAGACGCUCAAGAGUGUUCCAUCCUGCAGAAUAACAGGACCAAUGGGCCUUUCGUUUCAGAUCACUUCGGCGGAUACCAGAAUGUCAACUGGGCCGCGUGCCAGUCCAGCGGAGAGAGUUGCGCUUUUGGAUCACUAAGCCCGGAUCUCGUCACGCCGGUAACCAAGGAGUGCAAGCAAGGGAGUGUUUCGCCCAAAUAUGUGGAUGCUCGCAGCGUUGAGGAUGUUCAAAAGACAUUGCUCUUCGCUCAGGAAAAUAACCUUCCCGUGGUGAUCAAGAACACUGGACACGACUAUACCGGUCGGAGCUCCGGUCCGGACUCACUGGGCCUGUGGACGCACCAUAUUCAACCGUCAAUAACACUCCAGAAAGGGUUCAUCCCACAGGGUUGCUCUGACUCUGUUGGCGAUGUGAUCACCUUUGGUGCUGGUCAACAGUUUGCAGGGAUUUACAAAUUCGCCCACGAGCACAACUACCGUGUAGUGGGUGGCAGCUCUAGUACUGUUAAUGCGGCUGGUGGUUGGAUCACCGGAGGUGGACACAGUCUCCUCUCCAACGAGCUUGGACUGGGUGUGGAUAAUGUCCAGCAGCUAAAGGCUGUCCUGCCAAACGGUACCUACAUUACAGCCAACCGGUGCCAGAACCAAGACAUCUUUUUCGCCUUGCGAGGUGGAGGUGGCGGUACCUUUGGUGUGAUUACUGAAAUGAGCACGUUUGCUCAUCCUGAAAAGCCCAUGGUGUCUAUAUCAGUCUUCAGCUUUAGCCCAAACAGCGCCAAGGACUUUAUCUCCAUCAUUGUCGCCAAUGCCGAUCGGUGGGCGUCAGAGGGCUGGGGUGGUUACAUCCAGCCUGGUCUGAUCGGUAAGGGCGUCUCGAGCUUCUUCAUGGCAACCUCAUUACUCAACCAGUCUGCUGCGGAGAUUUCCAUGAAGCCCAUGACCGACUUUGCGCAUCGCCAGGGCACACUCGCUAUAGCCAACAUAACCUCGACCAGCACAUACUUUGAGAUCAUGAAUGCACUCGUGGGCACUGGAGCAGCGGAGUCCUUGGGCAGCGGCGGCGCAACGGCCAUGUCCUCGCGCAUCAUACCGCAGAAGUACUUCCAAGGCGCAGCCAACCAGCAAAAGCUUUCCAGCAUCCUUGUUGAUAUCCUGACGGCCGCCCAAGAGGACAGUGGCUUGCUUCCUGCGGUCGCUCCGCUCUUUAUUUGCGUCACAGCACCAACAACCUACUCGCAGAGCCUUCCCGCAUCAGAUCAACCGAAUGGCCCAGGUGCAUCAUCGGUCACUCCCGCGUGGCGCACCGGACUUUGGCACGCCAUUCACCUGCGCUCAUUUUCACCCUCGAAAACCCGAGACCCAGAUACAGUCCGGGAGAUCUUCCAAGCCGCGCAUAACACUAUGAAUCCGCUACGCGAGUUUACUCCCGAUGGAGGCGCAUACCAGAACGAGGCGGAUGCGUUUGAGACGGACCCUAUAGGGUCAUUCUGGGGUGAGGAGAACUAUGCGCGGCUGCUGAGAAUCAAGCAGGAGGUUGAUCCGAAGAACCUGCUCAGCGUGCAUAAUGGGGUUGGCUGGGAAAGGGAAGAUGAGCGGUUCCGGUGUUAUCCUGAUGUUAGUGUGUGA